CUUCUUCUCUGUCACAUCCUCUCAUAUGUGUUUUUCUUUCAACACGCUUACAUGUUAUUUUCUUCCCAAGCUUCACUUUGAAAUUGAGUGCUGUCAGACCUUCUUUUGUGUUGGAUGAAUUUACAAGAGGCUGUAUUGAGAUUAAGUGCAGCCCCUCCACCUCUUUUAUCGCUGUUGUGACAGUAUGCGGACUUGACAUCAGUUCAGGAACUCAAUUCAAGCUAAGCCACCCCCAUUCUGUCGAGGCUCUCUCAGAGUACUAAAGGUUUUGUUAGCAGGUGGGGAAUAUCUCACGUUGAGGAGGACCAAUGGAGGCUGAUGUGUUUGAGUAUCACAAAGAAGAGGAGCCAGUGGACAUUGAGACUUUUCAUGGAGGGAAGCAAAAGAUGAUUCAGCCAUCGUCUUUGAAUGACCCUAAACUUGAAAAGCUAAAAGAGGCACUGGUUUAUUGGAUCAAUAGCACUUUGAAACCAGAGCACAUAGUGGUUCAGAGUCUGGAGGAGGAUCUGUAUGAUGGACUGGUGCUUCAUCACCUGCUGUUAAGAUUGGCGGGUGUAAGUUUAUCUGUGGACGAGAUAGCCCUGACCAGCACAGCUCAGCUUCAUAAACUGGAGGUGACCCUGGAGGAGUUGAACAAGAGACUGGGCCUACAGGACAGCAGCGAGAUCAAGUGGAACGUCAAACUCAUCCACAACAAAGAUCUUCUGGCCACUAUUCAUCUGCUGGUUGCCAUGGUGAGAUGUUUCCAGCCUGACCUGGAUUUACCAACGAAUGUGAAAGUUGAAGCUGUGGUUAUAGAAGUUAGCAAAAAUGGAAUCAAAACAGAAGUUCAGGCAGAGGUCCUAACAGAAUCAAGUAAUGCUGGCUCAGACUCCCUGGGGAAUACCAAGAGAGAAGACCCCAUUGAAGAACUGCUGAAGCUCGAGCCUCACAAGGUCAACACAGUGAAGAAGGCCAUCUUACACUUUGUCAACCAGAAUAUGUCGAACAUGGGUCUGCAGGUGGCUGAUAUGGAGAAGCAGUUUGCUGACGGUGUGAUUCUGCUGCUGCUGAUCGGACAGCUAGAAGGCUUCUUCAUCCCAAUCUAUGACUUCAACUUGACCCCUGUCAAUCCCUCUGAGAUGCUUCACAAUGUAACCCUGGCCUUAGACCUCCUGAAUGACAGCGGCCUGCAGAUGUCCAGUGUUGACCCACAGGAUAUUGUCUCUCAGGACAUCGCUGCCACCUUGAAGAUCCUGUAUGCCCUGUUCAGGAAGCACAAAGGGAAGUAAAGAGGACGGACAAGUGAAGAAGAACUCAGCUGGAACAACUGUAAACUGAGAAGAAGAUGGGGGGAGUGUUUGCUCAGCUUGAUUUCAUCUGUCUCAUAACUCUUGCAAACAAUGUCAGACUGAUAAUGAUUUAAAGGAUGCAGUAUACUGUCUCCAAACUAUUUGGGGACUGAAAGAGACUGAAGUAAGAAGUUAUACAUAAUCAAUAAGUGUCUAAGAGCCUGGGCUGAAAAAUCGAUUCAUUUCAAAUAAAUUGCUGCAAUUAGUGGAUUUGCUCAUUAA